AUGUCGCCUCCACUCGAGGCCUGUCGCCUUGCUAUGUCCCUUGCUAAACCCUCCCCGUGCUGCCCGUCGCAGCGCUCUCUCUCCCCUCCCCUCGGUUCGGGUCGCCUCGCUAUCUCUCCCCUCCCAUCCCAACGCAUCGCCAUCUCUCCCCUCCCAACCCGUCGCCUCGCUUUUUCUCCCCUCCCAUCCCGCACCCUUCCUCUCCCGUCGCCCGUCUUCUCUCCCGUCGCCCUUCCUCUCCCGUCGCCCUUCGCUCCCGUCGCCCUUCAUUCUCUCUCGUCGCCCUUCUCUCCCGUCGUCCUUCUCUCCCGUCGUCCUUCUCUCCCGUCGCCCUUCUCUCCCGUCGCCCUUCCUUCACUCCCGUCGCCCUUCCUUCUCUCUCGUCGCCUUUCUUCUCUCCCGUCGCCCUUCUCUCCCGUCGCCCUUCUCUCUCACGUCGCCCUUCUCUCCCGUAGCCCUUCUCUCCCGUCGCCCUUCUCUCCCGAUGAUAAUGCCCAGCAACUUGUUAGUAUAUUUCUUGAAACAUAUUUUUGUAAAUAUUUACCUCCCCUUCCCGCCGCCUUCGCUCUCUCCCCUCCCUUCCCAUCUCCUUCGCUAUCUCCCCUCCCUUCACGUCGCCCCCCCUCCCUCCUCUCCCUUCCCAUCUCCUUCGCUCUCUCCCCUCCCUUCCCGUCGCCCUCGCUCUCUCCUCUCCCGUCCCAUCUCCUUCACUCUCUCCCCUCCCUUCCCGUCGCCCUCGCUCUCUCCUCUCCCUUCCCAUCUCCUUUGCUCUCUCCCCUCCCUUCCCGUCGCCCUCGCUCUCUCCUCUCCCGUCCCACCUCCUUCGCUCUCUCCCCUCCCUUCCUGUCUCCCUCGCUCUCUCCUCUCCCUUCCCAUCUCGUUCGCUCUCUCCCCUCCCUUCCCGUCGCCCUCGCUCUCUCCUCCCCCACCCAAUUUCCCCUCUAUCGCCCAACUCGUCGCCCUCGCGCGCGCUUUAGAACGCCCUCCCCGCCCCUUCUUAUAUCCCCUCGAAUCACCCACCUCGUCGUUCCUAUCACCCACCUCAUCGCCCUCGCUCUCUCCUCGAAACGCCCUCCCGUCGCCCUUCUUCUCUCCCCUCCCAUCAUCCAUCUCGUCGCCCUCGCGCUCUACCUCACACCGGGGUUUAUCCAGCGUUAUCGUGGCAGACUGAAUCCGUCAGUGCCGUCAGCAUCCUCCCAGCACACGCUACCGGCGUCCUCCCGGAAUUCGCUCUCGACUGGACGAGGACGAGAUCAUGCUCCUGCCGGCAAGCACCAGUCUACUAUUGAAGAAGGUCGAACGGUGGUCUCUCCCGCGACUGACGCCGCACCCCUGCAGGGGUCCGUUCAAGAAAAAAGACCUGCCACGUCACCAGGAUCUGUUCGGUCCGUCGCCAACGGCUGGGAUGAGCUGGAUAAUCUGGAGGAUACGACGGUGAGGCGGAGCGCGCGGAGUAGCGCGGGAAGUAGGGGAGGCGGGGCGCGGAGGACCGGCAGUGCGCGGUUCCGGGUCGCAGAGGAGCUGCGCCGGAAGCACCGGGAGCGGAGCCAGGCGCAGGAAACGCGGAAACAAGGGGAACGGUACGAGGCGCAGCAGGUUCCGCCAUACCGGGAAGGGCAGCCGCAGCAAGCGCAGCAGCAACAGCAGCAGCGGCGAUACUCCGAGAACACGCGUGCAUUUGAGCCGGAAGUGGUUCUCGAGGGGCCUAACGAGGGCGGCGAGGAGUGGAAGAGAGCAGCGGGUCGCGUGUGGGAAUGGAUAGCUGUGAAGAGCGGAAACGGCGCCGCCGGCGGCGGCGUCGGCGCUUGGUCGUUCUUUGAGCCGUUGUCUGCGAAAUAUUCUGCUGGUAACAUUUCGCCCGGUUCCGAGGGAGGUUUCGCGGAUCUCGUUCUUCUCGCAAUCUUUCGCGUCGUCCGCUUCUUCCGCCGAGCGGCUGCUUCGCUCAGCGCCACCAUCGUCGCCGCGCUACCGUCGACUUCCCAAACGACACUGAUAAAGGCCGUGGUGGACGGUGCGCUGCUGCUCUCAGGAGUGUGGCUGCUGCGAGGCGUCUUCGAGUUUCCCGCCGUCUCUUCUCGAGCUGUGUCCAAGGCCUCACAUCUUCGUCCGUCCCUUUUCUCUUCUCUCCCCGGCCAUCCCUCACCAGGCCGCCGCCAGCCCCCCUUUUCUGGCGUUCAGCCCGUCCCUGGUAGAGUCGCUUCCGUCGAAGUAGAUUAUAGCGCGUACAGAGAUCACGCAUCAUGGCACGAGGGCGAGCGGUACACGGCAGGGGAGGGAUUCGGUAGGCGGAACGGGCGAUUUGAGCGGUGGGAGGGGGUGAGCGACGACGAGCUGGGAAUUGGAUAUGCGUCGAACGGAUAUGCGUCGGGUGGGGACAGCGAGAGUAGCCUGAGCGGAGUAGCCAAUGGAAUCAGCCAUAACGGAGCAGACGCAGAGAUAAAUUUGAACCCUAGCAUCGAUUCGGCUGCUACCGAGACAGUUGGACGAAUCGUGGGUGAUACCAACCAUCGGCCACGAGCAGCUGCUGACGUCAGUGCGUACGACCAUAGCGAAGCGGUCGCAGCUGCUUAUGGCGCGGAUGCUUUCCAUUCUGUAAAUGGUACAACUGCUGCUGCUGCUGCUGCCGCUGCGGCUGCUGCCGCCGAACAUUCCAAUGUACAUAAUUCUAGGAGUGGUGUGCGCAUCAUCGGCAGCAGCAUCGGCAGCAGCGUUGGCAGCAGGGGUAUGCGCGUGUACGGGUGUUGCAACGGCACCUGCCCUGCUUGCAGAACGCCCGCGUUUACCAAAGCAGUCCAUGGCGGGGAUAGGGCCAUGAGUGAUGUGCAAGGAGUUAAUAGACCUGGCAGGGGCAGCGGGCAUAAUAGUGUGGCAGGGGUUGACAGGGCUGGAAUGCUGGUGGAGAAGGAAAGUGUAGCGGCAACCUCAGGUGCAGUCGCAGGUGUAAGUUCAGAGAUGAGAGCAUGGAACGAGGCUUUUGUCGCUAGUGCUCCGCCCCUAGUCCCUACUUAUGAAGAUGGUGCUCCUGCUGCUUCCGCUGCUCGUGGCGUGGGCGGGUUUCACGACGUAGCCUCUGCUUCCCCUGUGUCGGACGAUUAUUUUUCACCCGUGCUGCCCGAUUCUAUUGCUCACGCUAACGCGGCGAGGAGGCUGGAAUCCGUCCGAUUGGACCUCAAACGCCACGUGGCUGCUGAAACGGCUAAUUCUUCUGCUGCUCCUGCUGCUACAGCACCUCCUGCUGUUACUGCCCCAGCAGCCGCUGGCAAUACUGCUAGGGUACCUGGUUUCCUUGACCCAGCGGGAACAGCAGCAGCAGCAGCAGAACCUGCAGCAGUAGGUCUAGGUGCAGAGGAGUGGAGAUGGGAAGACGCGAGCAGAGAGGAUGACAUGAACCUCAACGCGGUCUUCCUUGAAAAUUUCUGCGAGUGGCCGCGCAAACGCGUUGCUGUGGCUGCUGCUGGGACCAGGGUGGACCCGCCUUACCGAGUGGAUAGGGUGGGGCGGGCGGGCAGGGCCGACCGGGUGGGGCCUGCUGUGGGGAGAGCAGGUGCGGGAGGGGAGAACAGGGCGGCGCCUAGCAGGGCGGCGCCUGUGAGUGAGAGCGAUGGGGUACAGCCAAGGCAAUGGGAUGUGCACGCCAGUGCGAUGGGAGGAGAGAUAGGAGGCAUGGCGCAGGAGAGCAAGAAGAGUGUUCCUGGGGGGGCUGGCCUGAGCCUGGACUCGUUUGGGUUGGAUUCCCUGGGGUUGGAUGCGCUGGGGUUUGAUGCGUGGCAGGCGUUCAUGUGGGCGUCUGACAGGAUCUAUGGGAGCAGCUAUGGGGACUACAGCUUCCACCGCAGGCAGGGGGGGACAGGGAGAGCAGGGGGGGCUGGGGGAGCGGGGGGAGCUGGGGGAGCAGGGGGAGCAGGGGGGACUGGAGGGGCAAGGGGACAGGGGUUGCUGGGAGGAGAACGAGGGCAGCAGCAGGCAGGACAGGGGGGGCUGUCUGGCAGCAGGAGGGGUAUGCCGGGCUGGGGGAGGCAGGCAGCAGAGCGGUGGUUGGUCAACGACGCGGUCUAG